UUCCAUAGCGAAAGUUGUCACAUUCACUUCCAAAUUCCCAGCAAAAUUAUGCCGUUGAAUCAGGUUUCUGUCUACUGAGCUUUUCGUACCCAUCCGAGCAUGUCUGUCUUACUUCCGACCUUUCACUCCGCUUCAAAUAAAACAGAUUCCAGUGAUCCAAAGCAGAGGCACAAAAGAAGGAAACGUCACAUACAGGACACCCAGUCCUACUCCAGCGUCAAACUGCCCAUAUCGGAAGCCUCGACGUCGGAGGUCAGGUUCCUGAGACUGAACCGAUACGAGUACAAGUCAAUCACAUCACAAUCCAGCUUACAAAAUUCGUCGCUGUUUGAGACAGCCAGAAACAAAUCAAAUUGGUCCCAACUUCGCCUGAUUCGCUGUCCGUGCCAUGCCUGCCAGUGCUCUCUGGAGCCCAGUGGUCUGCUGGGCCAUUAUCUGAGGGACCAUCUGCACGGGAUGGGUCUUCCGUUUGUGGAGAUGAGGCCGGAGAAGAAGACUUCUCUGUGCUGCCAUGUCAGCAGCCUGGAGCACGAUGUGAAUACGCUUCUGGGGGUCUUUGGGUACCGUCGCGCCGGCCUCAACCCGCUCAAAUGCGCCCGUAACACUCAUUUGCCGGCGGAGUAUCGCCAGUAUUCACAGCAUGGCGUCCUCAUGGUCUUUGGCUGUCGCACCCAGCACUCUCUGCUGUGGCACCGCAAACCAGCCGUUGAUGAAGUGCUGGCCGUCUGGGUGACUACUCCACUGCAGGAUGUGACAGUCUCCCUGCGCCUGCAGGUCCAGGCAGCACAGUCCUCGCGCUGCUACUCCAAGCCCUUAAAGGCUCGCCCCGUCUCCGCGACCCAAGACUGCAAGGAGUUCAUCAAAACCGACCGCAACGCCAUACUCAUCAGCGUCGAAGACCUACGCGGGCUAAUGGCUAAUGUGGAUGUGUGGCAGCAGCUGCUCACAGUGGAGCUAAAGUUACUCGGCGAACAGAAGAAGAUUUAGUCGACAACAAAUUUAUACAUAAAUAUGCUUAAUUUUUUUUUUUUUGGAUUACUUUUUGGCCAUGUACAUAAAUAUAUUUUAAUCUAGAGCUAAACAUUGAACAUAAAACAUUAGGAGUAGCAUUAGCGGACAAGAACUUGCACUAGGUUGGAUAUAUGUGUAUUUGAAGACAAAAUAUCAGAGAUUACUUUUGAUAGAUCCAGAGUUCGUUCACUUUCUUCCACUUGGGGCCACUUGCGGCUAGAGUUCCCAUUUGUAUUUACACUUCAAGCACAAGCCAGGCUGAUAACUAUAUACUGUAGAUUAGCGAUUAGACAAGUUCAUUGCUUUUGGCCUAAACUAAUAUAUUUCGUACAAUUUUGAGAGUUUGCUUUCCACUCACUCAUGACUCU